GCGCUGUGUCUUGUGGGUGGAAAGGCGCUGACUGGGUUUGGCGUUUCGGGCAAUGUCGGGGCUGGGGGACUAAGAGCUGACGCCGAGUAAGUAUGAGGAAGACCGGGGGUGGAUGGCUGCCCGAAUGUGGAGGCGAUGCCUCGGUUGUGAGGUCUGAGCCUGCCCUUCUCAGCUGGUCCUAAUAGCAAGGGGCGGGAGGCGGGCCUGGAGUUCCCAUCUCUGGACACUUGAAUUAGCUUUAGCAGAAGAGAAAUGGAGGAGCCAUAGAACAUUAAGGAUGAAUUCAGGAAGGCCUGAGACCAUGGAAAACUUGCCUGCUCUCUACACUAUUUUCCAAGGAGAGGUUGCUAUGGUGACAGACUAUGGAGCCUUUAUCAAAAUCCCAGGCUGUCGGAAGCAAGGUCUGGUCCAUCGAACUCACAUGUCAUCCUGUCGGGUGGAUAAACCCUCUGAGAUAGUAGAUGUUGGAGACAAAGUGUGGGUGAAGCUUAUUGGCCGAGAGAUGAAAAAUGAUAGGAUAAAAGUAUCCCUCUCCAUGAAAGUUGUCAACCAAGGGACUGGGAAAGACCUUGAUCCCAACAACGUUAUCAUUGAGCAAGAAGAGAGGCGGAGGCGGUCCUUCCAGGAUUAUACUGGGCAGAAGAUAACCCUUGAGGCCGUCCUGAACACUACCUGCAAGAAGUGUGGCUGUAAAGGCCACUUUGCAAAAGAUUGUUUCAUGCAACCAGGUGGGACCAAAUACUCUCUGAUACCUGAUGAGGAAGAGGAGAAGGAAGAGGCAAAGUCAGCAGAGUUUGAGAAGCCUGACCCCACAAGGAAUUCUUCUAGAAAAAGAAAGAAGGAAAAGAAGAAAAAGAAACACAGAGAUAGGAAGUCAUCUGACUCUGAGAGCUCAGACUCUGAGAGUGAUACAGGCAAGAAGGCGAGGCACACAUCAAAAGACAGCAAGGCAGCAAAGAAGAAGAAGAAGAAGAAGAAGCACAAGAAGAAGCACAAGGAGUGAGAGUAGGAAGAGGAGAGGGGGUGGUUGAGAGUAAGGAAACAGGAGCCUUGUGCCCUGAAGCCCUGGCUCUGGAAAGACUCAGUAGUGAGAACAUGGCCUCCCACCCCACUGACUUCGCUCCCAUGGGAGAUGGCUUCCCCUCAUGCAGCAGGCAGGUUUGGGAAUUAGAGGUCAAAAGCAGCUGCCUGAUUGAGUUUUCCUUAUUACUCCUGGUCCCUUUGCAAGUGAACCCUGCAGCUCACCCAUUCAUUCACUCAACUUCCUUCAUUCAGCAGGAGUUCCUAUUACCCUCUCCAGCUGCCACUGCCAGAGCCAGAUUCCUGUACAGGAGUCCAGGCUAGAGCCACAGGUACUGCUGUGGAGCUGAGUCUGGCUAUUGUUGGAGAACAGAGUGAUUGGCGCCUAACUGUUGGUCUGUCCUGGGUCAAUUGGGUGAUCUCUGCUGCAUCCAACCCCAGGUGCAAAGGAAGACUGGCAGUUAAGAGGGAGGACAACAUGGUAAGAAGUGGUACUCACUUUUUCCAUUCCCCCUCACAUAGUUCUGUGCUAGAACUGACAGCCAGUGGCCACAGCCAGAAAGGAUUUGCAGUGUGACUUAGCUUGGGUAUGACAUUCCUGCAGACCACUGAACCAGAUAGGUGAAGCCAAGAUCAUUGUUCUGUUUUGUAUUUACUACUGUGUGAGUCAUUUGGUUCCACUUCAGGUCUCUGCUUAAAUUCCUGGCACUAAAUGGAAGUGUGUUUGGUUUUAAACUUACUGAAAGUUCUUUUUUUCUAA